UCUUCAUAUGAACUACCCAUAAAAACCCUAAACCGUUAACAAACAAGAUGAAUAUCAAUCUUUACAUGCCUGAUAUUAGACGUCUCUCUCUCCAUAACCCUACACCAACGGCAACCACCACCACUCCAGUGGCCACUCCCACCCCCACCCCACCCCACGCAAAAACACAACAUUUAUUGAACGAUAACAAGAUGCAGAAGAGCCAGAAUGAUACAACCACAAUUAGGGUUCUUGAAGCUGCAACCUCCUCAUCUCCACCAUCCACAACCACCACCUACGGCGGUGCAGUACCAGCAUGUGCAGCGUGCCGCCACCAGCGAAAGAAGUGCACAAAAAAGUGUGUAUUAGCACCUUUUUUUCCUGUCGAAAAAACUCAAGAUUUUCAAGCAGUUCAUAGGGUUUUCGGGGUCAGCAACGUGACAAAGUUGUUGAAGGAUUUAAGUACAGAAGACGGGAAAAAGGCGGUCGAUUCGCUUAUCUGGGAAGCGAAUUGCCGGAUCAAAGAUCCGGUGUUAGGGUCAUUAGGAGAGUUCCAAAGGGUUUGUGAAGAACUCAACUUUUAUAAAACACAAUUGUUAGCCAAUGUUCCUGUUAUGCAAAGUCCAGAUAUGUACAACAGUAAGUCUGCACAACGGUUGAUUAAAUCAUGUAAUUGUGACACCAAUGGGAAUAUUAACAGUGGUUCGUUGUUGGAUUAUUACAUUCAUUGCAAUGGAGUUAAUGGUGGGAUUGAUCAUAGCACUCGUAUGUUGAACUAUGGAUCUUCGCAAAGUAUGGAGAGGGUAAAGCAUGAAAGAGAUCAACAAGGUUCUUUGAUUCAUCAACAACAACAAAUGAUGAAUGACUUUAGUGAGUUUUACUAGUAAAGGUACUUGCUUGUUAAUGUUUUUCUUUUUCAAGAUUAGGGUUCUAACUGAAGAUUCUGCAAUUGGUUUGUUGAUUUAGACAAUUUUAUAUACAAAUGCUAACCAUUUGAACACCAAUGGUUUCCUAAUUUUUUCGGAUAA